GCCCAGGGAGGAGAACGGUGCGAAGCGCCGCACCCGCGUGUCAACGGCAGCCGUGCAUUCUGGAGGAAGUUGGUUCUUGUCCCGAAUACUUUUCCAACGGUGCCCCGCCCCUUGAAUCAGAAGCGGCUGUCUCCUCCGGCUAGCGCCGGGCCGUGGAGUGUGGGGCAGCUGUCAAAAACGAAAAAAGGCCCAAAGGAGAAACCCGGGACACUCGGCUGGUGUGGCCGCGGCCAGACGAGGGAUGCGGGAGGCGUGCGCGCAGCAGGGAGGAAGGCUCGGGUUUCUGGGCUCCGCUGCCCCCACGAGGGAUGGGUAACAGAGGCCCCCGGGGCGAGGAGUGAGACGGCGCGGCCGCGGCCCUCGUGCAGUCCUCCCGGCUGGAAGCGCUGAGGUGCGCCGAGCAGGAGCGGGGAACAAAGGAGCGGCGUGGAUAGGGGAGAGAGUUGGGCGAGGGAGAGCCUCCGGCCGGCUGCCAGAAGAUCCCAGCAGGAGGAAGCCCAAGUGUCACUUGAAUUCCACUCAAGAAGCGGGCGCCUGGGAUCCGAGCAACUUGCUUAGCAGUAACUGCUGGAGUUCGUCCUACAAGUUACCGGAGAGUCCUCGAGGAAGGAGGACAACCGCUUGCCCCUUUCCCUCCCGCUCCUGCCCCCCCGCCCCCAAGACCCCAGCAGUGCCUCGCGCUGGAAGGGAAGCUCCAGAAUGAAAAGCAAGAAAGGUGUUGCGGCCUCUGGCAGUGAGACUGAGGAUGAUGACAGCAUGGACAUCCCCCUGGACCUUUCCUCUUCUGCCGGCUCAGGCAAGAGAAGGAGAAGGGGCAACCUGCCCAAGGAAUCUGUACAGAUUCUCCGCGAUUGGCUGUAUGAGCACCGAUACAAUGCCUAUCCCUCAGAGCAAGAAAAAGCAUUACUGUCCCAACAAACACAUCUAUCUACACUACAGGUCUGUAACUGGUUCAUCAACGCUCGCCGCAGGCUCCUCCCUGACAUGCUCAGAAAGGAUGGCAAAGAUCCAAAUCAGUUCACAAUUUCCCGCCGUGGGGCCAAGAUUUCUGAAGCAAGUUCUGUGGAGUCAGCAAUGGGCAUCAAAAACUUCAUGCCAACUCUAGAGGAGAGCCCAUUUCAUUCCUGUACAGCUGGACCAAACCCAGCCCUAGCAAGGCCACUGUCCCCUAAGCCGUCGUCUCUAGGAUCAAUUCUGGCUCGUCCAUCAGUGAUCUGUCAUACCACUGUGACUGCAUUGAAAGACGUGCCUUUCUCUCUGUGUCAGCCGGUUGGUGUGGGACAAAACACAGAUAUACAGCAGAUAGCAGCCAGCAACUUUACAGAUACCUCCCUCAUGUACCCCGAGGACACAUGUAAAUCUGGACCAAGUACAAAUACACAAAGUGGUCUUUUCAACACUCCUCCCCCUACUCCACCAGACCUCAACCAGGAUUUUAGUGGAUUUCAGCUUCUAGUGGAUGUUGCACUCAAACGGGCUGCAGAGAUGGAGCUUCAGGCAAAGCUUACAGCUUAACCCUUUUCAAGCAAAACAGUUCUCACAAAUGUUAUGGUUGCCGGGGUGAUGGCAAGAGAUAAAUUGCAUUAUUUUAUAUAUUUUUUUAUUAAUAUUUGCACAUGGGAUUGUUCAAAUGAAGCUUCCUGUUACUGAGAUGUCUUCAAUGGAAUAUAGUCAUUCCAACAACUAUAAACUCAAAGCUACUGUAGAAACAAAUGUUGUUGUUUUUUUUUUAUAAUGUU